AUCUUUGCGAAGGCGCAAUGGGGUCCGGCAGUGCGCUCACAGGGAUCGGCAACUCUGGUAGCAGUGGUCCUUCCCGAGCAACGCAAGGAUUUGGAACUGGAGUGCCAAGAGAGGAUAUGAGGAUCCAGCAGCAGCAAGAACAGCAGCAGCAGCAGCAACACCAGAAAAUCCCGAGUGCUCCGGUGGCAAUUCUGUGGGACAUCGAGAAUUGCACGGUUCCAGGCGAGGUGAAUCCCGAGGAGGUUGCUGGAAACGUGAGGAUGGCGCUGAGAAUGCAUUCUUCUACCCGGGGCGCCGUGAAAAUGUUCUCGGCUUAUGGCGACUUCAACCAUUUCCCACGCAAGGUGAGAGAAGGCUGCCAGAGAACCGGCGUCAACCUCAUCGACGUUCCAAACGGCAGGAAGAAUGCGUCGGACAAAGCCAUCCUCGUGGAUAUGUUCCUGUUCGCGCUGGACAACCGGCCACCCUGCACCAUCCUUCUCAUCACCGGCGACGUCGACUUCGCCCCGGCGCUCCACAAGCUCGGGCAGCGCGACUACACGGUGGUGCUCGCCAUUCCUUCCGGAUACGUCUCCGGAAGCCUUUGCAGCGCUGGGAAGUACGUGUGGGACUGGACCAGCGUUGCUCGGGGACACGGCCUCGUUCCGGCGAGGCCUUUCCAGCCCCGGGAGAGUGUGGAUCGACGGUUCCCGGUGAUGUUUAGCGACGAGUCGGGUGACGAAACUGGCCGAGGCGCCACCGGACUCUCGCCACCUAUUCCAGUUCCUCAGCCUCGGUACGUUAGGAGGGAGGGCAGUGGCGAGUGGGGAUUGAUGCAGCAGCAGCAGCAGCAGGAGCGUCACUCUCCGCAGCAAAUGAGCCCGAGUCCUCAGUGGACUCAGAUCAAUGUGCGAACAACGUCGCAACCAAGCACGUCUUCGGCACUUCCGGUGGAGCCAGAAGAUCCAGGGAGCCCGUCCUUCGUCCAGCCGGGGGAUAUCUCCGGUUUGAAGCGGCAGCUCGUGAAGCUGCUGAGCUUGCACGGCGGGAAGAUGCUGAUGCUCAAGAUACCAUCGAAGUAUAUCAAGCUCUACCAGAAGCCACUCUACAUGGCCGACUACGGGUCGCGCAGGCUGGUUCACUUGAUCGAGAGGAUGCAAGACACGGUGUGUAUCAAGGGAAAAGGCUCACAGAGGAAGGUCCACCUGACGGCCAUGGGGAAGCGCAUGGCUGCGAGAUACAAAGAGGUGUGGGGGAGCGCUUGUGAAGGCAAAAACGACGAGGACGAUGACGAAGAGGACGACGAUGACGAGAGGGAGAACGAGGUGGAGGAACAGGAGAUCGAGGCUCCAAAGGAGGAAUCCAAGAGCAUGGUGGACGAGGAAGUGGUGGUUUACGUGAGCAAGCUGGACGUUUCUCAAGACUCGUCCGACUCGCCGGAUGAGCGAGGCAGCGAGCAGCAUCGAGAGGUGGAGGAGGUGAUCGAGAUCCAGGAAGUGGUGGAGAGUAGUGGCAGUGGUGGUGGUGGUAGUGAGCUUGCGAGAGAGGCUUUCAAGCGGGAGCUCCAGGAGCUGCUGGUUAGCUUCCAGUAUCAUAUCCUGGUGAGUGAUCUUCUCAGGAUCUACAGACAGAGGUACUCCAAGGAUCCAGACUACGCGGCUUUUGGCGUCCAGGAUCUGGAAGGGCUCCUAGACAAAGUCAAGGAUGUUGCUGUGCUGAAGGGAAGAACACGGGACAAGAUGGUCCUUGUCGCCAAUGUUGGGUUUGUAGAGACUGAAGAUUAGCAACAAAAAAAAAAAAAAAAAAACAAGCGAAAGAAAAAGAGGUUGAAGGAUUUUUAGUGCACAUUCUUUGA